CUUCUCAAUUGCUAUUUGGCCAUCGCCGUCUUCGCCGAUUCGCAGAAGAAAACUCCGUCUGCAGCAGCGGCAGCGCAGCGGGUUCUCAACUCCGUCCGCAGCGCAGCAGGAUUCCGCCCAAUCCUCCGAUAAUCGCAGCAGACCGUCCACUCCGUCCGCACUCCGCAGAUGUCAUAGGAAAAAUUGUUGGGCGAUCAAAAGUUCAAACAUACUUUAAACGGGGUGGAGAAGAGAAGCUAAUGGAAAUAACACUUGAGGAUCAUGAAGGCAACCGUUUGGCUUGCACACUAUGGGGCGAGUAUGUGGAGAAAUUCUUGAAUUGUGUGACCCAAGGUGUUCCGGGACCUUUUAUCUUACUUCUUAGCUUCUGUAAGCCUAGGCGAUACCAGGGCACAGUAACUGUUUCAACAUCUUUUCAUGUCACGAAGAUGAUUUUCGAUGGAAACUCUGAUGAAGUUAAUCAAUUCCGAAAUAGCCUACCUCUACAAGUUGAUGAUAUAUCUUAUUCUAUGGAGAAAAAUGUAGCAAAAAGCCAAAUUAAAGCUCAGUUUGAAAAGAAGAGAUCAAAUUUGGGCCGGAGCCCAAACCCAACAUUAAUGAAAUUAGCCCAGCCUCCUCUCUUCAUUCCAAUUCAACGCAAAAGGGAAAAUGAAGUCUCCGUUUCCAAAUCAAUGAGCAGCGUAGACCAAAUCCAAGACGCUCCAACGACUCUCCUUCUUCUCCGCUCCUCACUCAAUGCAGCAACGGAAAGAAAUUCUCAACGGGAAGAAAGGCUCGGACUAUAAAUUGGAGCAGCGCAAGACACAAGAAAGGGGGGAAACACACGAGGAACAACGACAAGAGAGCCGCGGCCUAGCCGCGGCGGCAGACGGCCUGCAGACGCGAACCGGCGGCGGCAAAAGCUCCGGCGAGUGGUGGGCAGUCUUCUUCAAGCUCCAAUUUCUUCAAUUUCAUCUUCUUCUUCAUCAAUUGGUAACCCUUAUUUGUCAAUUUUUAUUUUUUCCUCCAAUGUAAAAGAUUGUUUUUUAUUCAAUUUUACAUUUUUUGUUUGUUGUGUUUGUUCCAAAUAUUAAAAAAAUGGUUGGUGUUCU